CCUCGUUGCAUUCUGGAAAUUUUUCGCGCCCCCGUCCAGAAACAAGCAUAGGAUUCAGGCAGCAGCUGUCAAAGCUGCUUUCUCUGCUACGGCUCUUGGUCCAGGAGUCCCAAGACCACCAGGGCAGCGCCACCUACCGGCCACCCGGCGCCCGGGAGGGGGAUACUACCCAAUAAGGUCUUGCCGCUACUCCGGCACGAUUUUCUUUUUUAGCUUCCCCCGCUCUUCCGCUCCAGUGAGGCAGGCAUUGAAUGAAAAAUGGCUGAAAGUCCUACGUGGGAGCAAGUUGGAGCAAGUUUUGUGCAUCUGUAUUACCGCCACUUUGAUGCUGACAGGGUACAACUAAGUGCUCUAUAUACAGAAGCUUCUUGUUUGUCAUGGGAAGGAGAACAGUUCCAAGGAAAAUCAGCAAUCAUGGAGAAGAUGCUGAAUCUUCCAUUCCAAAAAAUCCAGCACAGUAUCACAUCUCAAGAUCACCAGCCAGCUCCAGAUAACUGUAUCCUUAGUAUGGUUGUGGGUCAGUUAAAGGUAGAUGAAGAGCCUGUGAUGGGAUUCCACCAACUGUUUAUUCUGAAGAAUAUGAAUGACAAAUGGAUUUGCACUAACGAUAUUUUUAGACUGGCUUUGUACAACUUUGCUUGAGUAUUUUGUAUUCUUUCUACUCUCAUACUUUCCCUACCCUGUUGUUCUUGGCUUGGUUCAACUUAUGAUAAAGAGGCAACAUUGGAUUUUUCUUUUAGUUUUGCACUGCUAUGUGUUGAUAAAUAAAAGAAUGUGGGUGGCUGUAUAAAAUAAUCAAAGGGCAACUUCAGGGAAAGGAUGGAGAGUCCUGCAUCCAAAUUUCAGGAUACUGGGAAAUUGACUCAAAUAGGAGAAGCACCAAGGUACUAUCUUGGGAGAACAAAUGCAAGCAAAAUGUACCUUUUAGAGAAAGGGCCCUGUUUAGGGGACCACAUUUUUACUUGUUGGAACUGAGGGAAAAGAUUUUUUUCAUUCGCAUGAUUUAAUAAUAAUAAUGAUAGAUACUUCUCAUUUUAAAGAAACUCUGGAUUGGAAAACCCAGUUCACUUCCUUGAUGCUCCUGCUUUGUGUUCAGCCAAAAAUUAGUUAGCAAUGCAGUUAAUUCUAGGCAAGUUAUUUUUGUAGCUGUACUCAGAACAUCUGUGGGAUGGUGGCUGACACAAAGUAGACUUUUGCGUGUCAGAUAUUAGAAUAUGGGAAAUUGCUUUUUCACACAGAUUUAUAAUGUUUGUGUUACUGUUCCAUCGGGCUGAAUCCUGUUAUCCUUAUGUUCUUAAAUGUGUGAAGCUACCAAUUUCAAUAUAUAACUUCAAUGAACCAAUGAACCAGAAAAUUCUGGAUGUUAAGAAUGAUGAAAUGCUAAUUUUUUGAACAUCAUAAACAAAAGUAAAAAUUUUUUUACCUAAAGUCUACUAUACUACAUGGGUAAAAACUAGUGGCCAAGACACAUGGGUUUAUUUUUAACUUUAGAGAGAUGGCAACCUCUCUGAGCUUGGUUAUGUCAUAUUGGUUAGAAUAAUUACCAAGUAUUCAAUAAAUUAGGAGCACACCAUGCUCCUGUACACCAACAGAAGGCAUGAAGAGCCAGACUCUUUUGCUUUUUUCAUUCUGGUUUAUGAAUUUUCUAUUAUGUUUAACAUACUUUAAAAGAAAAUUCUACACAUCAAUUUUGAUAUGUGAAAAUUAACACAAGAUAACUGAUUCACACUGAGAAAAGAAUAAAGGAGCACAUUCUAUGUUUGAUUCCAAUAGAUAGAUCAUGGUGUCAAAACUGGAAGAGAAUUUAAAGUCUAGCAUACCCUAUUCCUUCAUUUUAUAGAUAAGUCACAGGCUCAGAAAAAUUGUGAGGUGCCUCAUUAUUGGCAGAGCUAGAAUGCGUGCACAUAUCUCCUGAGCCUGUAAUCUUUCCAUUCUCACCCUCUUCAUCUCCACCCCCACCGCCAGAUGUCUUUCAUUGUUCACAGAUGCCUAUGGCAUCUUUCCAGUUGCACCUAUACCUGAAGAAGGAUCCCCUCCACAGAUCUCUGACAAAUGGUCAUCCAAGCACUAGUUGAAGACCCUUAAAGGGAACAUUCUACAGAUGCUCAUUCUACUGUUGAAUCUCUCUGAUUGUGAGGAACUUUUUCCUUACAUUAAAUCUAAAUCUGUCCUUUGCCAUUUCCAUCUGUUGCUCCUAGUUUUGAACUCUGGAGCCCAGCUGAAGUUGAAUCAUUCCUAUGUGUGAUGAUCGUUCAAAUACUUAAAGACAAGUAUGGUGUUCUCCCCUCUCACCAUUCUCUUAUCCCUCUCUGAUUGUCCAGAUUGUCUAGCCUUCUAAAAUACGGGGUCCAGAACAAUAUGCUACUCUGAAUGUAAUUUAACUAAAGCAAAAUUUUAAGAGCUUGCCAUCUCCCUUGUUCUGGGUACUGUGCUUCUUCUCAGAGUAUCCUAUGGAUAGCAUUCAUUUUUUUUUUGCCUUCCAUAUUCACACUGUUGACUUGAAUUGAGUUUGCAAUCCACUAAAACUCCUACAUCUGUUUCACAUGGGUUGUUUUCUAGCCAUGGCUCCCCCUAUUUUAAAUAUUUAUGAAGCUGAUUUUUAACCCAUUUAAAGCUAGAUUUAUUUCAAUUUUAUCUUAGUACAUUUGCCACUCUCUCCCUACCCCUUGCCAUUCAAACCACUGAAAUAUUUCUGGUCCUUUAUUCCCAUUUGACAUGCCAGUUAUGCUUCAUAGAUUUAAGUCAUUUCCAAAUUUCAUAAGCAUGACAUUUGUGCCUGUAUGCAAUUCUUUGAGGAAAAUGUUGAGUGGAAUUGGGCUAAGGACAAAUUAUUGAGGCACUCCAUUAUAUACCUACCUCUAGUUGACAUUAAGCUAUUAAUGAGUAUUCUCUGAGAAUGACCAUUCAUCAAGUUCCAGAUCCAUCUAACUAUGUUGUUAUUGUCUGAUGUCUUUUCAUCUGGAAGAAAGUGACCUGCUGGAGGAUAGGAAUUUUUUGUGGUUGUUGUUCUUUGUAUUGCCAGUACCUAGCACAAUGCUUUAUUUAUGGUAGGUACUAACUACGUGAUUAUUGAAUUAAAUCUUGUAUAUAUCUUCAAAGAUCUUUAUCUGUUGACAAACUAUGUAUAUAACAUCCCUCUGACCUAUCAAUAGAAUGACCCAGUUGCAAAGAAAAGAUUUCAUCUUCAUAAAGUCUUGCCGACUCUUAGUGAUCACCACUUCCCUUUCUGGAUAUUCACAUCCUUUUCAUAAAAGGUUCCACAAAUUUGUCAGGAGUCACAGUCAAGUUCCUUGGCUUAUAUAUUGCUUUCAUUUUCUUCUGUCUUUUGAAAAUCAGGAUAUUUGUCAUAGGGUCAUCUAUUUAAAGCCUAGAUUGGAACUUAUGUCUUCCAGACUCCAAGUUCAGUCCACUAUCCAUUAGACCACACUGCUCAUUCUCCAGUCUAAUGACCCACCAAUCAAAUCUACCAGUUCUUUCAGUAUUCUGGGAUGUGUUGAUUAAGACUUGCUGAUAACUUUAUCAAGGGCAGCUGGUAUAUUCUUACUGUCUACCUACUUUGGAAUUCAGUUCCCUUUAGACAAUAUUAUGCCCUGUUCAGUCCAAAUAUUAUCUCCUGGUAGAGGAAACAAAAGAUAAAUAAGAACUGAGCAAUCCAGUCUUCUUGCCAUUAUCCAUUAUCAUCAUCCAUCUACCCCCAAAUAGUGGUUUUCCUCCCUACCUCCAACAUGGGCAGCUAGGUAAUACAGUAGACAGAAUGCUGGGCCUGAACAAAAAGAAUUAAGUUAGAUUACAGCCUCAGAUCACUGCCUAAGUUGUAUGACCCUAAGUAAGUCACCUAACCUCUGUCUGCCUCAGUUUAUUUCAUUCUAAAAUGGGAAUGAUAAUAAUAGCACCUACCUUACAGGGCUGAUGCCAGGAUCAAAUGAGGUAAUAUUUGUAAAGCACUUAGCACAGGCUGGGUACUUUGUACAUACUUAUUAAGUAGGUAUUUCCUUCACUUUUCCUUCUCAUGGCUUUAAAAGCUCUUUAUCUUUCCUUAACCUUCUUGACUGGUUUCAGAUCAUUUUAGGCAUUGGGCACCUGAUUUCUUAUAGACUAAUAUUCUUUUGCACUGAACUUGGAUUACCUGCCCAUCUUUUUUUGUUGCUUAAAAAAAAACAAAAACAAAUCCAAAGUCCAUCAGUGAGUUCCUUGUGUGUCUACAAUGAUCCUUUUUGGAAAGUUCCCCUUAGGGGUUGUCAUAUUUGACAAGAUUUGGGAGGCUUUCCAUCUUGCCCCAGAUACAUGCCCUAGGAAGAUGGCACACCUUUCUAUUUUUUAUGUCUCACUGUCAAACACCCCCCUCACUAUUCCUCAAUAAAUUGGCACUUCUUCCUCUGGCCAUUAUCAGGUGACCUUGCUGGAUGUAAGGAUCCCCAUAAUUUUUCCAAGCACAGGAAACUACUUCCUUUUGAGAUAGACCAGCUCUCUUUUAGAAGAAGAACAGCAUAAACUAUUACUUAACUCAGAGUAUUGAAAGAUUUUCCCUUCUACCUUUAAUUGGCAGUUAGUACAUUUCUGGUACGUCCUAAUGCAAACAGAACCUGUUCCAUAAGCACAAUCCAACUUAGAUCUGAUUAUCCACCUUCUUUCUCUUUCCUUGUGACUUAGUGAAUGGGAAGAAAUUUCAAGACUUAAUCAUACCAAAUCAGCCUGUGGAGAUACCUAUUGGUUUUUGUACACAUGCAUUGUGAUUGUAAUAUGCCUUUUAUGCAGUAAGCAAAAAGGAAUCUUACUACUUUAUACUCAUUAUAAUAAUCAUCCUAUACAUUUAUCUCAUAAAAAUAUUCAAAAUCAUAAUUUUAGAGCUGGAAUGCAUUGUAUAAAACUGACUGCAUAUUUCUAAUAUGUGCUGAAUUUAACAAGCUGGAGUCUUGUGAACUAAUUCAAUGGAAAUAUGUUCUCUAUAUCUGUCUUCUGAUUGGUUGGAUAAGAAUUAGUCAAGUCUUCAGCAAGCACCUGUUCUUUUUGCUUGGUUGUCAAAAUCUGCAUGUGUUAAGUUAAACAAAUUAAUAACCUGCAUCUUAGCAAAACCUCUCUUACAAAUCUGCUGAUACAGCCCUUUAUGGUUAAGGGAAUUGAGACAAUGAGAUGAGCUAUUCUAUAGAACGAGAAAAGGCCAUACAUAGGUAGUAUACAUGGCUUCCUGUCUUCUCCACCCCUCUACCUCUAAGAGUGGAAGUUAAAGUUAACUUGGAUUCUUAUUUGCAAGGUUGACCUGGUAACUGUUGUCACCUUUGUAAGCUCCAGAGGGACAGGGACCACAUCUAAUCUAAACUUUGUAUCUUUCCUAGCACUUGACAGUGCUGUGCACUAUAAUAAGGGCUUAAUAUUUGUUGAAUGAAUCACUGGGGGAAAAAAGUGAAUAUUUGGGGGAAUGUGCUCACUAAUAGUUCUUAGAAAUGUCUAUUUCUAGGGUGGGGGGAGAGGGUUGAAGAUUUUCCUAACAGUUAUCAAGGAUUGUGCAUCAAAGACUUGGAUAUGACAAUUUGUUUAUUAAAACAAUUCAUUCUGAUAAACCCACAAAAUCAUCUCCAUUUUUGUAUAUGUUUAAUACUAAGAGAAAUACCCCUUUGUGGUAAUAAAAAUAUCAAUGGCAUUGACUUUUCAAGGCAUAUGGAAGACCUGUUUAAAGACAAUAUCAAAAUGAUUUUGACAGAAGAAAAGGAAGAAUUGAACAAAUAAAGGAAUAUCCGCUGCUUGGUGUUGGGUUGAGCAAAGUUAAAAUGUUAACACUACCAAACUAGCUUACAGAUUUAUGGCAAUACCAUUCAAAAUGCUAAUGGGUUGUUUCACAAAACUAACAGUUUAAAAAUUCAUAUGGAAUUAGGUAAGAAUAUUUUAAAAUAUAUGGGAAAGAAAACUGAUGAAAAUGAAAUAUUUAUUGUUUAGAUCAUGAAAUGUUUUAAAAAGCAAUAAUUAUAAAAACUUUGGCACUGGAAAAAGAGUGGACAAAUAGGUGAACAGAGAACCUAGGAAUAGAACCCAAUGUAUAUAGAAGGUUAUUAUUUGAUAAGCUCAUACAUGAAGAAGCAUUAAGGAAUGGAAUAACUAUUUAAUAAAAACUGCUGGGAAAAUUGAGUAGCUGUAGGGCAAAAAAUGGGUUUGGACCUAAACCUCAAAGCAUAUUUGGCAAUAAACUCAAAAAGAUGAGUGAUCUUGAUGCAGUCUGGGUAGAAUGGGUCCCUUUUCCCUUCAGUGAGGAGAUGGGGCAUAGAAAUAUAAUGAUAAUAAUAAUAAAAUUUAUAUACGGCUUAUUAUGUGCCAGGCACUGUGCUAAGUGCUUUAUAAUUAUUAUCUCAUUUUGUCCUCACAAUAAUUUUUUAAGAAAGAAAAUUUAGCAAGACCUGUGUUGUUCUCAUCAAACCUAUUCAUGGUUGGCAUAUUCAAGGUGCCUGGGGUGUGCUUAUCUUAGAAUGGUGCAUUUUUAAGAGGUUCCAUCUCUUUGUACUCUAAAGUACUAAAAUACUUAUUCAACCAAUUUCCCUGAAUCAGCCUGCAGUCCUGUAAUAGAUUGGUUUCCUGGAACUCAAAUGUGUCACUUUUAACUUUCAGGACUAGAAUUUUUUUUGAGGGCCCAAGUAACAAUGAGGCACACAGUGGUCCAUAUCUUGUUUUUAUAUUUAUAACAGAUAAGUUUAUCCAUCAUCAAUAAAACCCUUAGUUAAAUCAA